AUGUAUAUAUUUGAACGAUGUUUAUCUCCUCUUGCACCGCUGCUGGCUUUCACAGGGCUGGCGUACUGGUUCAACGGCAUCGGCGGCUACGACUGCUUUGCGUUCUCGACGAUCAUGGGCGCGUCUCUAUCUGCGAGCAACGCGAUGGGCUUCAUUCACCUCUUCAUACUCUCCAACUCGAUGCAUCGGGCAAACUCCAGGUGGAAGCACUUCCGUUGGUUUGGCGUCAUCAUCAUGGUGUUCCAUUGGGUUGCUCUGGUGGCGCUAGAGGGAACGAGAACGGCGGGAAAGGAGGAGCGCGGGGGAUGCGCUGGUGAGUCUCGCUGCGUGACUGACGUGGACGGCUUGGCGUUGACGGUGAAGUGGAUCAUGCAGCUGCUGAACCAAAUGUUCCAGACGGUGGCGUUUCUCGUUCCUCUGCGGAUGCCGGCGGCUGAAGCCGCCAAUGGUGUGCGGCUGUUUUCCGGCGGUCUCAAAGCUACUGGAAGCUGCAGAAAGUGCCUGAACAUCUCCGCUUCCUCUCUCCAGCGGCGCUACAGCUCGGGCCCCAUCAGGAGGCUGCCGCCAGUUGUGGACAUGUCCCCUGAGAGCAGUGGUCACGGUUCCCCUUCCCGGUCCAGUUCCAAUUCGUGUGGUGAAUCCCCGCCGCCCGCCGUACCCUCGUCAAACUUGCCUCCGAAGAGUGAAACCCCCGCUGCAUCUGCUGCGCCCUCUACGAUACUGCCUCUGUCGAGUGGAACUCCCUCUGCGGCUGCUGGACCCCUGUCCAGCCUGCGUCCGGCAAGUGGAACUGCAUUUACGGCUGCUGCUCCUUCGCCUAGCUCGCCUCCACCAUCUCUGACUCCCUCUGUGGUCGCCGGCCCAUCGCCCAGUUCGCCUCCAUUGACCGGAACUCCGUCCGUGGGGCCCGGCCCAUCGCCCAGCUCGAUCGCAUCGGCUAGAACACCAGGUGUGGCUGAAGUAUCACCCUCUUCAUCGAGGGGAACUCCGUACACGGCGCGUGCCAAAGGUACCGCGGAGAAAAGAUCAGGGUCUGGACGGUACGGCAGGCCAGUUGGAGCGCUCUACUUCGCGAGCCGUACAACCAAGAAUAUGCGGAGGACGCCCGGACCCUCUACCACCGGAACAGCCAUGGGAAACGCAGAUGGAGUGGUGGUCAAUACCGGCAUUGCCUUCACCCGCAGUACGCCUCCUCGAUCGAUGUCUGCUCGUGCUGCUGGUGCCAAACAUGAUGAAUCGACUAGUGCUGUCCGGUCUGCGUCAACUGCCAGCGUCACAACUGGUGGUCGUGGAACUGCUGCUGCGGGGGGGACUGCUGCGGAAAGGAUACAAAGCAGGUGCAGCUCGAUUUCGACGAUGCCGGCCGCAGCGCCUGGGCCAGCAGGCGACGAUCGUGAACCAGGCGCCACCGUCGCCACGGCCCGGCUAGGAAUUCCGGACGCCGUCGUGACCGCUGCCCCCUGGAAGUGGCAUCAGCAGCCGGGGCUGACAAAACUACAGCGGCCUCUCUGGUCGACCGACAGUUGGGCAAGCAGUCGCCUGAUGAAAGUAGCGCUAGCCACCGACGCUUCAAGUGGGUCCUUUUCCGCCGUUUCAUCCGAAACGACUUCGUCCACCAGUCCGGAGAGACACGCCGAGGCGCACAAGAAGAUGCCGACCGAAACUCCCGACGGCGUCAGGAUCGCGGCCGCAGCCGCAGCCGCAGCCGCCGCUCACACGGUCGUUUGGCCCCUCCCGUUGAACGCCUCGACUCGUGCGAGCCGCCCGUCCGGCGGUAAGCGACACGCACGGCUGUCCGCGCGGGCCUUGGCGUCAUCGCCGUCAGCUGCGAAAGUCAGAGCGGAGAAAAAGGAGGCCAGGCGGACGGGAUCGGGAUCCAGGCGGAAUUGGCAUCACAAGAAACGAGCGAAGAAGGUCACCGAAACGGAGUCGGAAACACUUGCCCCGGCAGCUUCAGCUACGGCAGCCUCUGGGGGCAGGCCCCCCUCUUCUUUUCUGUGGAGGGAGGUCGGGCUUCAAGGGACAGGUUCGCACUCCGAGGCACCCGAUGCCCCCGCUUCGGCUGCCUCUGCGUCGACCACGAACGAUGCCGGGGCGCACGCGGCAGAGACUGGCAAGAGACCCCGCCUAGAAAGGCGCACUUCUUCUUCCGCGACUAGUCGGUCCAGGUACAGCGCGGCAGCGUGGUCGGCCUUCAGCGCAGCCUCGUGGUGCUCCAGCAGCUUUGACGGCAACGACAACCAGCGGGGCGCUCCCGCCGCAACGGUGAGAUCUCCGCCGGCGUUCUAUGAGGGCAACGACUCAAACGGCUAGUUUCUUGGGGUUCGUAACGGUUGGCUUCUUGGACGUCGACGAGUAGAACUAAGUUGCUGUUCCAAACGUCUUCACGGACGGCGGCUUUUGCCUACAGGAGCCGAGUUUUGAGAACAGGAACGAAGUGCACGUUUCAGCUACGGCCAGCAUCGUCGUUCAUGGCCGGUUCCAACCAGCAAUAUAACACACAAGCACCCUUGCGUGUUACCAGGCACCAACUACUAGUAUGUUAUUUCUACAGGUUGUGUGCUAACGUUCAUUGCAGUUGAUGAUUUUUUAUACUUGCCGCCUUCGGACCACCCUGAAGGAUGCAUCAGUUGCAGGUCUACAUUUUCCCCUCGCCAACAGUUGCAUUGUGCCUGCGGGUGUGUUUGAAAGCGAACACGCGGCGAGGAGUUGGGAAGGAUGAGGAAAAUGUAUUGGGUCGCUGAGGCGGUGUACAUUCAGAUAUGUUGGGAGGGGGGAGGACUGGCUACGAGUUCGGGCAUUCUAUUUGGGGAGAUGGACACAGAAAUUUCCCAGGAUACUGUUGAUUGGCGCGAGAGUGGCUAGGGCAUGGAUUCACGCUCGUUCAUGGUGGGCGUUGCCACAGCAGGCACGAGGUUCGAUGGUCUUACGCACACCUUGUGGACGUCAAACCUCCAUGGAAGCUGCUGCCGCUGCUAACAGCUGACGAGACUCAGAUGCAGUCUUUGUUAGCCCUUGGUAACGAGGUGGACUUCGGCAUCUGAGAGCGGUUUAGGUGUUCGUCAAGUAGCACGAGAGGAGGGGCACAUUUUGGGGUCGGGGCCACGCACGGGGGAAGGGGUGGGGAGCUGUUGACUGAUUGGUUUUCGAAUGAAGCAAAUUAAUUUAUCGUGUUUGCAGCAUGUUUCAGAUUUAUUUGGGAUGAAUCCCGCGUGUCCAGCAAUUGUACGAGACCCGGCUGGGAUGCGAUUUCGGCGAGGAGGUCGAGAGUAGACCGGCUGCUCGGUGGUGCUGGCCAUGAUGUAGGAGGCCGAGCGCCUUAUUUGUGUACCGGUUUACGAUACUUGGUGAUGAGGGGGAGAGCUCGUAGUUGAGUCUUGGUAGGAGACUUUUCUGAUAUCUAGGCGGUUUGCUAUUUCUUCAAUGACGUCGUGAUUACCAUAUGUUUCACUUCACGUCCUGACAUAUUUAUGUUUCGUGCGUUACCGUAUUUGGCUGAAUGGUUAUAUCUUGUAAACAGAUACAGUAUACAACCGUGCUAUUCACGUUCAGUGUCAGUGUUCGGCGAGGGGGGGUGGGGGUGGAAGUUGGUACGCACACAUUGUCGUUUCGUUUGUGUACCGUUGCCUGGAGGUGUUCGUUGACGAGAACAUUACCUGUUAGAGCCCACAUGAUGCAGGCUACAUCGCCCCCAAACAUCGCGCCGAUUGCGGUGAAUAAAUAGCUUGGCUUCCGUCAACCUUGGGGGAAGCGCACGUGGGAGGAGGGAGUGCCGUUUUUAGUGCUGUUUUUCUCUUCUUGUUCCUCGUGCUUUCUCGUAGUGAUCGGUCCGCUCUUCUUCUGGUCAGGUGUAUGUUCUGUUUCAACACUUAUCGUCUGGAUGUCUUGGUUGUCUUGUGUUCUUUCCGUGUCUUGUUCUCUUGAAUGAGAGCUAGCUUCACUUUGCCUGCGCUAACGUGGAACACUUGCGUGCGUAAAAUAUGAGUAGCUGUGUGCCUGUCAUCUCUUGAGGAGCUUCACUUUGCAUAUGCUAGCGUAGAGCACUUACAUGGUAAUAUAGAGUUGACUUCUGUGUGUGCCCGUCGCCUUUCCACAGGUGUUGCUGGCUUGGACGAGAGCUUCAUUUUGCUUACGCUAGCAUGGAGCUCUUACCUUGUGAAAAAAUAUGACUGACUGCUGUUCAGUUUAUGUCGUGCUAUCGUAAAAAGGUGUUGUGUAGUAAAAGGUAUUGUGUAGUAUUUUCUUCAAGUGAAACAAUAAUGGUGUACACUAGAAUACACGCAUGCUUUGCUUUUUGUACUAAUGGAGGCCUGUAAUCACACAAUUUUUGGCGCCGGCGGGAUUGGUUGUGCGUUGGACUCGGACGAGAUUAAGCUUGGUGGAACCCCACGACUUCGUGUGUCAAUGGAGAAUGG